AUGACAAUUUAUUUUUUUUCAAAAUGGGCCAGCCCAGCCAGCUAUACAGCAGUGGAUGUGGAUCCUUCUAUUCACCUGGUGAACAAUCAGUGUUUUGUUUCUGCUCAUGAAUUUGAUCUUGCAGUCAAACCUAAUGAUCUAGCAAAAGACUUAAUACAAAGAAUACAUGAAGAAACUGGUCUAACAGAAAAAGAAAAGGUUGGACUCUGGGAAUAUUCCCGUCCAGAAAUUGAUUCUAGAACAUGGAAUGGUUGCCAGAAUUUGACUAGAAUCAACCCAGACCAAAAAGAACAGCAAAGAGGAACUGACAGGUUUGCUCCAAUCAGGAAGGUGUGGGAUAUUUUCAUUGAGGCCUAUGGCAUCCAUUAUAUCCCACACGAGUUCCUGACUGUUGAUGAGCAGUUGCUUGCCUUCCAUGGCCGCUGCCUCUUUCACAUGUACAUCCCAAAUAAACCAGCGAAGUACGGCAUCAAGAUCGUUAUGGUAAAUGAUGUCAAGAGCAAGUACAUGCUGUCAGGGAUCCCCUAUCUUGGGAAGCAGUGGACACGGGCAAUAGACAGGCAAAAGCUUGGUCACUCCUUCACCAAGGACCUGACACAGCACUACCACAACACCAACAGGAAUGUAACAACUGACAAUUGGUUCACCUCUGUGCCCCUCAUUAAGGAUAUGCUGUAUAAUUGUGGGAUGACACUGAUUGGGACAGUCAGGGGAAACAAGUCAGAGAUACCAGAAGAGAUGAAGGACAAGACCACAUGGGCUCCAGGUUCCAGUGCCUUCUUGUUCACGAAGGUCAUGACACUGGUGUCAUAUGUGCCCAACACCCCUUCCAGCAAGAAAAUUGACCUCCUCAUGUCUUCAAUGCAUGGAGAUAAGUCCUUGGCCAGCAGUGGAAAGCCAACCAUCAUCAAUAGGAUGAAAGGAGGAGUGGACAUUUUCGACCAAAUGUGUGGUCAAUAUUCAUGUGGCAGGAAAACGAAGAGGUGGCCACUCUGUGUGUUCUAUGGCAUGCUGAACACUGGGGAUCAUCAACUCUUGGAUCAUUUAUGGGGAAAAUAUGCAAAAGACAGGUGGCAGACUGAUAAAGAGGAAGCAGUUUAUGCAGUUGUUGGCUGA